AUCAGAACACCUUCUCCAAAAAAAAAGUCAUCAGAACACCUCGUCAUCAAAGAAAAAGAAAGUCAUCGGAACACACGGUUCACCGCCGUCCGCCUCGCUGAUCCCGACCAAAUCCUCCGUCGGCGAUGGCGUCCAAUCUCCCGCUUCCUCUCAUACUUCUCCUCCUCCUGCCGCUGGCUGCCUCAUGGCCCGCGGUCCAUGACGACGAGGCGGUGUCGAGGUCGACCUUCCCCAUGGACGGCGACGUGGCGUGGGUAGUGCAGGUCAGCGACCUCCACAUCAGCGCCUAUCACCCGGACCGCGCCGCUGACCUCGUGCGCCUCCUCGGCCCCGCCCUUCGCUCCAUCCGCCCCCACCUCCUCCUCGUCUCCGGCGACAUCACUGAUGCAAAAAAUAUGGAAAAAACUACCUCCAGGCAGGAUGAAGACGAAUGGAUUACAUACAAGAAAACUAUUGAUGCAAUUGUUGGAAUAGGUGGUAUUGAUAAGAGCAGGAUAUUUGAUAUUAGAGGCAAUCAUGAUACAUAUGGAGUUCCAUAUAGAGGAAGCAAAUUGGACUUCUUUUCAACUUAUAGUGUUAACUCACAGCUUGACCGACUAAGCACCAUCAACAGCGUCUUGCUUCAGGGAGAUAGAAGUUUUCUCUUCCUGGGCAUAGAUGAUACAAUGAGUGUUGGCAUUCGCUUUCCUUCUAAUUUAUUUGGCCAUCCUACUGAUAAGAGGAUAGAAGCAGUUAAUUCAGAACUACAAUACUGGACCAAUCAUUCAAAUGUUCCAAUUACAAAAGUUGUAUUCGGGCAUUUCCCUAUGUCAUUCACUACUUCAUCUGAACAAGGACACCGUUAUGAAAGUGUGUUUGCAAGGCAGUUAAUUUCAGCAUACCUAUGUGGCCAUCUGCAUGCAAAAGUUAGUAGGCAGCUUUGGAGAUAUCAUCAAAUGAGAACAGAAAAGCGCUCUUCAAGCUUUUGGGAAUGGGAACUUGGAGAUUGGAAAGAGUCCAGAUUGAUGAGGAUUUUAGCAAUAGACAGAGGUGCAGUCUCUUUCAUAGACCAUACGCUAACACAGGCAUUCCAAACUUCCAUCUUGAUCACAUAUCCAAAAGAUUCAAGAAAUAUGAAUACAUUGGAACCAAAAAAGGGGUCACCUAGAAAUGAUAUAAAUGCUCUUGUUUUCUCUAAAGAAGUUGUCCUCAAUGUCAGUGCAAGAGUUUUUGAUUCUCACAAUGAGUUCAAGAUAGUUGAGGAGAUGCCACUGCAACUUGUUGCUAGCUAUUCUGCUCACAAACCUUUGUUCCAUGCCAAAUGGAAUGCUGAAAAUUACAUAAGCCCGUCUCCUACUCGCUACUGGUUGCAAGUGUUCGUGCUGGAUUCUGGUGGUAUGAAGACUAUAAGUGAGUUAAGACCAUUUUCAGUUGAGGGCAAGGUAGCAAUUCUACACCGUCCCUGGCUCAACUGUUUGAUGUUUGAAGUUGAAUGGGAAAACAUGUAUAAACUUCUUCUGUGGAGUAAUUUGGCCUUCACCAGUCUUUUGUUGUUCAUUCCCAAAAUCCUGUACCAUCUUUUAAAGAAAAGGUCAUCAUACCAAAGGUGGGCUUUGUCAAUUCUGACAUCCCCUAUCCAGCAGAGAAAGGUUUGCUUUUGGUUGGUCUGUUUCUUAAUGGAGGGUGCAAGCAGUAAAUUGUUCUGGUUUUCUUUGGUCUUAUAUGUUCUUUGGAUAUCUCAAAUGCCAUGGUUUGGGGGUUAUGCGACAUCUGAAAAUGGAGACAUUGCUCAAAUGUACUUAUCUGGAUGGAGCAUACCGUCCUUUGAUAUGAGCUUGACGAACCACAAAUUGAGCAACCCAGAUGUGAUGGUCAUUACUCUGCCUUUCCUAUACCUGGUUGUUGUCCCCCUAGUAGUCCUUGCAUAUGGCUUGUUUGCAGAACGAGCUGUCGCUUAUGUGCGGUGCCACAGAAGAGCAGAAGAUACAGCUGAUCCGGCAGAUACGACCGCUGUGUCGACGUGUUUUCUGACAGGUUCUCCAGGUCCAGAAGAUUUGAUUGACUUAUCUUACAAGAACAAGAAGAUCAAGUUCUUGAUGAUCAAGUUUUGUGGUGGCUGGACAAGGAGGAUACUUCUACUUGCAUGCUUGAUUAUUGCCACCAUACAUUUGAAGCUUUCUUCGAUCCUAAUGUCAGCUUAUGGGACAACACCAGUGGUCUUGUCUCCAUUUACAUGGAUGCCGCUGCUAUUAUUCAGCCUUGCUGCCUAUUGUACGAUGCUCCCUUUAGAUUACAGUGUAUACAUCAGAAGUGUACAUUCCUGAGGCAAACAAUUGUGUUUGGGUUGUGUACUCUGGUAAGUCACCUUCUACCACCAAUAAAUUGCAGAAAUGGGUGUUUUGAAACAAAGUAGUGCAACACAAUUUUCUCAA